CAUCCAUUUGUCACGUCACUGCUCUUUCUUUCUCAUAUGCUGGACCUGGUGAAAGGCGCUCGCUCAUAGUCAUCACAAGUUUUGUUCGGCUUCGAAUUAUUCCUUGAUUUGAAGGCUUAUAUCAGUGACAGGGAGUGGUACGCGCUACUUUGUUUCCAUCAUAUCUAAUCGCACGAUUAUGGCUCAGAGUUGCAUAUAGAGUAUUUGUGCAGAAUGGCUGCAACCAGGACUCAAGUUAGUAGCUUCUCUCGCAAUUUGUCUGCUGAAACAUCUCACAAUCCUGGACUUAAGCAUGGCCCUAAUGGGACAAUGUUCAUAUCAUCUGGGAUUCCUGAUCUAGACAAGAUUUUAGGUGGUGGUUUUCCUCUGGGUAGCCUUGUCAUGGUUAUGGAAGAUGCAGAAGCACCUCAUCAUAUGCUUCUACUGAGAAAUUUUAUGUCUCAAGGACUUGUACACAAACAGCCACUUUUGUAUGCCAGUGCAUCAAGAGACCCAAAAGGAUUUCUUGGUACUUUACCUAGUCCGGCGUCAUCCAAAGAGGAUAAAUCUCGGGAUCUUAACCAUGAAAAGGAUCUAAGAAUUGCUUGGCAGUACAAGAAGUACUUUGGUGAGCCUCAGCUAAAUAUUAACACUAAUAAUGGUGUUCAACAUUAUUAUUGCAAUGAUUUUGACUUGCGUAAGCCCCUGGAUAGGCAAUUUUUUAGUGGCAUGAAUGUAGAUUGUGUUAGCAUGCAAGAUUCUCCAAAUCUUGCUGCUCUCCAAGAUCGUUGUGCUGGAUUUGUAGCUCAAUUCUCAAGAAAUGAAGGCAGCACUUCUUCUGUCGGUCGUAUUGCAAUUCAAUCAUUCUGUUCUCCACAAUGCAAAUAUUCAAACAUGGAGUGGCAUAUGCUUUCCUUUAUUAGGUCCCUAAAAGGCAUGACCCGAUCUUCAAAUGCUGUUGUCGUUGUAACCUUAACACCUUCACUUCUUUCUCCAUCUUGUUCAAAAAGAUUGCAACAUAUGGCAGACACCUUGCUUUCUGUUAGAGCACUUCCAGAUGAGGACAAGGAACUGGCGAAACUCCUCACUGGUUACCAGGACAUGGUUGGGCUUUUAAAUGUACAUAAAGUUACGCGGUUCAAUACGCAGGUUCCUGUGAUUCUCGAGGCCUCAACAUUCUCAAUAAAAUUGCAAAAGCGGAGGUUUUUGGUUUUAGAAUGUCUAAAUCAAGCUCCAGUUGACGGUUCAAGUGGGAGUUCGUAUGGCACAUCAGGUAGUUGUUCAGGGUCAACUAAAGCUGGACUACUAGAUUUUUAGACUAUACAUCAUUUAUCACUGAAGAUUUGUGUCAACAAAAAUACCCUAGCAAUAGUUAGUCAGACCCAAUAUGCUAUUCUUAGCGCAUGAGAUGUAGCCUUUUAUUUUUUAAUUUCUCCUUUCUUUUUGUUCUUUUGAUCAACUGGUUUCACCAUUAGUUAAUUUGCAAUAUACAAAUAUUUUCUGUA